UUUAGUCGCGGUAAACAACAGAAAAAAAUUAAUUCUCACAAAAAACCGCAUCCAAAGAUGAUCCAAAACGAUAUUUUCGCCAUAAAUAUCGCACAGGUGAAGCAGGACAUUCACAUCGGCAUCCAAGAAUGCCAAAAACGAGGCUUGGCGCAGUCAACAAAGUUCCUUGCCGAACUAAAUCACGGCCUGCAACUCCCGGCAACGACUCAAAAUCAAGCGCCCACUCUCAAUCCGUAUGCCGGCAUUGCCGAUUCCGAGCUGGAUAACUAUCUGAUCGCUCGCAGCUACGUGGAUUGCCGCGAAUACGAACGCGCCGCUCAUUUCACGCAAAAUUGCGAAAGUCCCGUGCCGAAAUUCGUGCAUUUGUACUCGUCGUAUCUGGCAAAGGAGAAGAAAAAGUUGGAUGACAUGGUCGAAACGUCGGCAGUUAAUGGCGCAAAUCACGUCAAAGACCUCUCGGAGCUCCUGAACACGCUGAAAAGUGAAUAUAACGAGAAAAAUCUGGACGGGUACGGGCUUUAUUUGUACGGCGUGGUGCUAAAAAAGUUGGAUUUGCAUCAAAUGGCUGUCCAGGUAUUUCUGGAAUCGAUUCAUAAGGAGCCAAUUUUGUGGGCGUCGUGGUUGGAAUUGUCUCCCCUCAUCUCGGACAAGGAUAAAUUGAUGAGUAUGAACUUGCCGAACCAUUGGAUGAAGUAUUUUUUCUUGGCUUAUACCUUGGUUGAGCUCUUUUUGAACGACGAAGCUUUGAAAAUGUACGAAGAUCUCAAAACGGCGGGCUUUGGCAAAUGUUUGUACAUUAUUUCGCAAUGCGCCAUUGCCUUUCAUAACAAAAGGGAAGUCGACAAAGCCAUCGAUAUCUUCAAAGAAAUUUUAACUGUCGAUCCUUUCCGCUUGGAAAAUCUCGAUAUUUACUCGAAUUUGCUCUUCGUGAAGGACCAAAAGCAAGAAAUUGCCGUUUUAGCACAUCGCGCCGCCGAAAUCAACAAAUAUCGACCCGAAACGUGCUGUGUCAUCGGCAAUUAUUACGGGAUUCGACAAGAUCAUCAAAAGGCUGUCAUUUAUUUUCAACGCGCCCUGAAGCUCAAUCCUCGUUAUUUGUCGGCAUGGACCCUCAUGGGACACGAAUUUAUGGAAAUGAAGAACACAAAUGCCGCCAUUCAAAGUUAUCGUCAAGCUGUCGAAGUAAAUCGACGUGAUUUUAGGGCUUGGUAUGGGUUGGGACAGGCAUACGAGAUCCUUAAGAUGCCAUUUUACAGUUAUUAUUAUUACAAAACUGCCCAGCAGCUGAGACCGUAUGACAGUCGGAUGUUGGUUGCCCUUGGAGAAAUUUACGAAAAACUUCAUAAAGAUCAAAAUGCGCUCAAAUGUUACGAUUGUGCCCAUAAAGUAGGCGACAUCGAGGGAAAUGCAAUCUUCAAAAAGGCUCAGUUGCACGAUAAAUUGGAGGAAAAGCAAAACGCUUUUAAUUCUUUCCUCACUUUUCUCGCGGAUGAACGUUCCGUCAACGAUAAAUCGUCACUUUGCACCGCGCUGAUGUACGUCGCCAAUUAUUACUUCUUUACGCUCUCGAAUCUCGAUGAGGCGGCUUUUUAUGCGAAUCGCUGUUUGGAAUACGACGAAGCCAAGAACGAAGCGCAAGCGUUACUCAAUCAAAUUGCGAAUAUGCGAGACUCGCAAACGAAGACGAAAAAGCCGGCAGUGGCAGUUACAGCGGCAGCAGCAAGUAACAACGACACGAUCACGAGUGAAGUCAAUAUGGAUGAGUCGAGUAUGAUUAUUGAGGAUAUGGAUGAGGGAGGCAGUUCGAUGCCCACAAAUGCGAUUUUGAGUCAGAUGGUUGAUGAGCUGACCGAUGAUAAUAACUCGAUGUUGGAUUUGAUGUCGUUCCCCGAUGAACAAGGAAGAUAAGCUUUUUUUGAUGAUUUGUUGAAUAAAAGUUUUUUUUUGAGGAAAAUUGGAUU